CUUGGACGACCACAACCUACAAACCGCAACUAUAUCAAACCGCCAUCAUGCCUGUUGUCAAGGGAGGUGUUUGGUCGAAUAUCGAAGAUGAAAUCUUGAAAGUUGCGGUCUCCAAGUACGGUCUCAAUCAAUGGGCUCGUGUCUCGUCGCUCCUCGCGCGGAAAACUCCAAAGCAAUGCAAAGCACGAUGGAACGAAUGGCUGGAUCCAGGUAUUCGCAAGGUUGAAUGGAGUAAGGAGGAGGACGAGAAACUGUUGCAUCUUGCAAAGUUGAUGCCAACGCAAUGGCGCACCAUCGCACCGCUCGUAGGACGAACAGCUACCCAAUGUCUUGAACGGUACCAGAAGCUUCUCGAUGAAGCCGAACAGAAGGAAGCUGGAGAGUUAGGCCUUGGGGGUCCAGACGGAGGUGAAACCAAAGCGCCGACUGCAGAUGACGUUCGACGACUUCGACCCGGCGAAGUUGACCCAGAUCCCGAAUCAAAACCUGCGCGACCCGACACCGUCGACCUUGACGAAGAUGAGAAAGAAAUGCUGAGCGAAGCUCGAGCCCGUCUCGCAAAUACACAGGGCAAGAAGGCGAAACGAAAAGCUCGUGAGCGUCAGCUGGAGGAAUCACGUAGAUUGGCUGUUUUACAGAAGCGUCGAGAGCUCAAAAAUGCCGGCAUCAACAUCAAGGUGGUCAACCGAAAGAAAGGUGAAAUGGAUUACAAUGCCGACAUUCCAUUUGAGAAGAAGGCCGCACCUGGAUUCUACGAGACCGAGGAAGAGGCUAUCAGGAACGAGAAAGAGCGAGAAGCCUUUGAUCCUCGGAAGCAACAGCUUGCCAACAAACGCAAAGGAGACCAGGAGGAAGAUCCGGACCGAAAGCGACAGAAGAAUGAAAAGAAUUCGCCUUCAGCGUCCUAUGCUGCGGCCAUGAAAGCAGGACAAAUGCAGAAGAUCCGGGAGGCAGAACAAAGUAGUAAAAGAAGGGCUUUGGUCUUACCGGCGCCACAGGUUGGUGAAGGGGAACUAGAAGAGAUUGUCAAGAUGGGGAUGAUUGGAGAAAGAGCCAAUCUUAUCGCCAGAUCUAGUGAAAAUGAUGCUACCAGAGGGCUCGUCAACACCUACUCCACUAUCAACACCGGAGCUCCUAUACGAACGCCUAGAGCCCCAGCCCAGGAAGACUACAUCGCCAAUGAGAUUAGAAAUAUCAAAGCUUUGACGGAAACUCAAUCAUCGCUAUUGGGUGGAGAGAAUACCCCCCUUCAUGAAGGUGCUGGCAGCACAGGCUUUGAUGGAGUGACUCCGCGAAAACAUCAGAUUGAGACACCAAAUCCAAUGGCGACUCCUUUUCGCCAAGCUGGUGGCGUUAGCGCAACUCCAAUGGGCCCUCCAACGUUACCAGGAGCAACUCCAAUGCGGACUCCUCGUGAUAGCUUUGCCCUCAACACAGAUAGAGAAAUGCAAAUGGUUGGCAGUACACCUAGAGACCUUAAAUUACGAGAGAUGGCGAUGAAACAGCAAUUAAAGCAAGGUCUAGCUUCACUUCCAAAGCCGAAGGAUACGGAGUGGGAAUUGGAAUUACCAGAAGAGCAGCAGGAGUCCAUCCGAGCGGAGGAGCUCUCGGAAGAGGACGCAGAAAUCCGAGAUCGUCGAGAACGGCAAAUUCGAGAAGCUCAAGAAAAGCUGGACUUUCGGAGACGGACUCAAGCCGUACAACGAAAUCUUCCUCGACCUUCCACUGUCGAUAUUGAUGCUCUCCUCAAGAGUGCAUCAGAAAUUUCGGAUCCAAUUGAGGGUGCUAUUGAACAAGAAGCUGCCUUAUUAAUAGCAAAUGAUGCUCUUAAAUACCCACCGCCAGGUGCUAAAGUCAGGGGUAGCUCAAAGGGCAUCGAGACCUUCGAAGAUGACGCACUUGAGAACGCGCGUUUGAUGAUCGCCCUGGAAGUACCGAAAGAAUUGGCUGAAAAGGGAACUACAGCAUUUCAAGCUGCUUGGGCUGAUGCCCAUAAAUCUUCACUGCUGCCUGGGUUGAGUGCCUAUGGAGACGACGAUGAAAUCGAUGAACACCAGAUGCUAGUUGAAGCUUUCGAUAACGUUCAAGACUCGAUUGUAUCGGCCGCAGAGAAAGGCAACAAGAUGGAGAAGAAACUUGCUUUACAUUUGGGAGGUUACCAACAGCGAGCCAAGAUGCUCCGUCAGAAAGUCAGCGAGGCAUCAGAAGCUCUUGGGAAGGCAACCUAUUCCCUCGAUUCGUUCAGAACCUUGCAGAUCUCAGAAGAGGCAGCUAUUGCACGCCGCUUGGAAGGAUUGCGAUCAGAAGUUGAAUUUGUGAGCAGGAGAGAGCGAGAGGCGCAAGACUUGUACAGGGCAAGAAAGGAGGAGCUUACAGGGUUGAGCAAUGGGACAAACGGGUAUCAUUGAAAUAUAAUAAUCUUGGGCAUGUACGAUAAUGAUCCAGAAGGAGUUCUCCGAGAAUGCAUCUAUUUGGAGGGUUGAGCCUUGUUUCCUUCGCGCUUACUCGUCUCGUAUUCUCAACAUAAUCAUCCAUCAUGAACCGUACCCAAAGGGUGGUACCCCAAAACCCCUGAAUUGAAAAGACCAGGCCCUAUCUUAAAUGAAUAAAUGCAAGAUCCGCUCUAUAUCUUCAGGCAUUAUGCCCAAGGCUCUGCACCGUACCCGCCAAAAUCCCCGCGCCAAU